UCUUCUGAUAAAAAUUACCGGCGAUUUAUAGCUCAGCGGCACCGGCACAUGAGAGAGAGAUUGGGUUACUUGCUUAAGCGCUGCUCUAACCUGAAACAUGUUGAGACGGCUCAUGGGUUCAUGGUGCGUACAGCCCUCGAUCAUGGCAAUCUUCUUCUCAGCCAAUUCAUCGAAACGUGUUCUUCUCUGGGCCUCUCCGCCUACGCCCACUCCGUAUUCGCCGUCACUCCCCAACACCACCGCCACACAUACGUUUUCAACACCAUGAUCAAGGCGCUGACACUCUGUAACUCUGCCUUUGAGGCUCUCCUUGUUUACAAAACCAUGGGAAAGGCGGAGUUGCAACCCGAUUGUUACUCCUUUCCUUUUGCGCUGAAGGCGGUUGUCGAUCUUCGGGCACUUAGUCUGGGUACCCAGAUUCACUCUCAAACUACACGUACCGGGCUUGACUCCAAUAUUCACGUAGUUUCAGCUCUCAUUCAAAUGUACUCUUCGUGCGCAUGCAUUUUGGAUGCACGGAAGGUGUUCGAUGAUAUGCAGCUUAACUCCGUCUCUCCUGAUGAUGUUGUCGUUUGGUGUGCCAUGAUUACUGGGUAUGUUAAGGUUGGCGAUCCGGAAAAUGCAAUGGAUUUGCUGGACCGUAUGCCUCAAACUCAAACCAUUGGCGCCGGACUUGUUUCUUGGACGUCAGUGAUUUCAGGGUAUACUCAAACGGACCGUCCCAACAAGGCCAUAGCCGUGUUUCGCAGAAUGCGGUUGAAGAAUGUAGAGGCUGAUGAAAUAGCAAUGUUGGCUGUGCUUUCUGCUUGUGCGCAGUUAGGUGCCAUGCAUAUUCAAUUGGGGGAAUGCAUUCAUGGCUACAUUCAGAAACGCGGAUUCGAUCAAAUGGUUCCCCUUAAAAAUGCACUGAUUGAGAUGUAUUCGAAAUCAGGCAAUAUAAGUAAUGCAUUGCAGGUGUUCGACAAUAUGACUCAGAGAACUCUUAUAUCUUGGACAACGAUCAUAUCAGCAUUGGCGUUCCAUGGACUCGGAACACAAGCUCUUGACAUGUUCUCUCGGAUGGAAAUAGCUCAAAUUAAACCCAACGACAUCACUUUCAUUGCGGUCCUCUCCGCUUGCACUCAUGUAGGAUUGCUGGACUUAGGUCGCUACUAUUUUGAUGCUAUGCCAUACAAGUAUGGAAUUCAACCCCAGAUUCAGCACUACGGUUGCAUGAUCAACUUACUCGGUCGAGCUGGUUACCUAGCAGAAGCGGUCGAACUAGUUAGCCGGAUGCCAUUUUGGCCGAAUGCAGCUAUAUGGGGGUCUAUUCUUAGUGCUUCUAAUAUUCAUGGUGAUGCUGAGGUGGGAGAGUUAGCUUUGCUAAAUUUGAUAGAGUUGGAGCCUUGGAAUAGUGGGAACUAUGCACUUUUAUCUAAUAUAUAUGCUUCUUCUGGAAGGUGGGAUAAGUCGGUAAUGGCGAGGAAGAUGAUGAGGGACAAAGGUGUUCGGAAGAUGUCAGGUUGGAGUUUCGUUCUGGUGAGUAACAGAGCUCAUGAAUUCGUUGCCGGAGAUACAUCACACCCUCAAUUUGAAAUUAUACAAGGAACAUUGUUCAACAUGAACGAGCAUAUAAAAAUUGCUCAUUGUAUUCCGGUGAUCGAAUUCAGUGGAAUUCAAUGAGCUUCUUGAUUUUGAUGGAUGCAUCU